UUGUCAAACGUCAGCACAAGAUCUAAAUUCCAGUUAUAUGAAUACAAUUUUGGGAGAGCGAUUUCUCCCAAAUGUGUAACAAAUCAACCUCUCGUGCAAAUGACUUCAAAAAUGUGUGUCGUUCGCUGGUCACCGCCAAAAAUGGCCAGAAAAACCAAAAUGCCUUAACUCCGCAAGGUGAAAAAAUUCGUUUGCGUGGAGGAACUGUCCCAAGUGCAUUUUUCGUUCAAAGUGUACCCAUGGGGUGCCAAAAUCCCACUCAGUAUCCGAACUAUAACAUGUUCCCGUAUAACCCGUAUAACCCUUGUCCACCAUGUUGUAUCCCUCCUAUAAUCAUUGUCAACAUGCCACAAACCUCUAAAGUUUCUCUACCGUCUACAAAAUCCGUAGACCAACAAACUGUAUGCAAACAACCAUGUCCUAAACGCAGCUCAACUCCGAUUAAGGUUUGUUCUCCACCCCCAGCAGAAGCCGUUGACGACGUCUCCAUGCAAGUGGAAAUCGUCCCUCGUGCAUCCUCUUCAAAACGAUCUGCGUCCUCUAGUCGGCCACAAAUUUCAUCUCAACUGAUAAAUUCGUCGUUUGUGGCCAAAUUGAAACAAAGCUUUAAACUCGACGGAAUAAUCGUUGAACCCCUCACUGACCGUCACGGAUUGAUAGUGGCGGUGGCGGAAAGAUUGGCAGCCCGAAAGCGACUUAUGCUUGAAGAUGUUGUGGCAGCAAACGCGAUCAGAGAGCAGUUGGUCAGCGGUCAAGAAAUGUCGGGCAGAGACGACCUUCAAUCUAGCUACUACCAACACAAAAGGAACAUACAGGAGCAAGUAAAGAAAUAUUUAGAGGAAGAAGCGCUGUUGGUGCGUUUGUUGAAAGGUAACCAACAAAAAAUUUCUCCGUGUGAACUUCCCGCAAACGAUAAAGCGUUGAAAGUGCGCUUUGUGUCUCCACAACAAGUGUGUCAACCAGGGACGGACACAAGCCAUGAGAGUACACUUUUGCCAUCGUUGGAUAAAUUCCAAAAACAAGCUGCUGCAUCUCAGAGGCAGAGUCCAUGUCAAAGGGCAGCCAGUCAGCGAAGUCAUUUGUCUGGUAGUAGAUCUAGUUCAGGGAGAGACCCGUGCCACCAGAGCAUAAUUUUGCCAUCGGUGGCUGAAAUCCAGCAACAGGCUGCUGCUUCUCCGAGGCAGAGUCCAUGUCAAGAGGCACCCAGUCAGCGAAGUCAUUUGUCUGGUAGUAGAUCUAGUUCAGGGAGAGACCCGUGCCACCAGAGCAUAAUUUUGCCACCGGUGGCUGAAAUCCAACAACAGGCGGCUGCAUCUCAGAGACAGAGUCCAUGUCCGGGGGCACCCAGUCAGCGAAGUCAUUUGUCUGGUAGUAGAUCUAGUUCAGGGAGAGACCCGUGCCACCAGAGCAUAAUUUUGCCAUCGGUGGCUGAAAUCCAGCAACAGGCUGCUGCAUCUCAGAGACAGAGUCCUUGCCCAGGAAGUCAUUCGUCUAGCACUAGAUCGGGAUCAAGCAGAAUUCUUAGCCCUUAUUACAAGUCAUCGUUAAUACAAGAGGCAAACGAGGAGCCGUUUGGUUUCGCAAGACCCGAAAACUUGAGCUCACGAACCGAAAACUUGUACGAGAUAUUAGACUACUACUUGCUGCUAAGAAAAUGCCUUAUGUAUCACGUCAGCGAAGCGAAGAAUCUCAAACCGAGACUUGCUUGUGGCGCAGAACCAGAAACAAGACGUCAGUUAAUGUGUCAGUACAAAGAACAUAAAAAGAAAGCUUUAAAAUGUUUAAAAGAAUCGGUCCCGGCAAAAGAAGAAUAUGACCUCGCGAUGAACAUACUCAUACGUUCUUUGCACCCCCAAGUUCCUCCAGAGGAAGACGCUGCGAUUGAAGUGGAGGCCGUUCCUGCCGAGGCUUCGCACCGCUCUCGGUCGGCAAGUACACCUAUACCACAGCAUCCGCAAGACACAGAGAGGAGUCAGUUUCUGCGUUCAUCGUUUAUCCAAGACUUGCAGAAAUCAUCCUUUAGGGACCUUCCACCAAUAAAAGGCGAGUUAUCAAACAUGCAGCAGUACAUGUAUGACCUACUCGAAAACAUGAUAGUACGUAAGAAAAACAUCGUGAGGAAUCUUCUUGCGGCCAAAGAAAUCAGAAACUACUUGGGGUGCAACCCACAGGCACCAAAUCGAGCACAAUUGAUGCAAAGCUACGAACAAUACAAACAAGAAGCUGUGAACGAAAUUGUGAAGUGUGGGGAGGAGAAGGAAGAAUUGGAUUCUAUGACAAACAUGGUGAUCAAUGAAGUGAAUGACCAGCCAGCAAAAGACGACUUUUUCAUCAGGUUGGGGAUAGUGCCUGGACAACAGAAACAAGAAGAAUUUGUUAGUCUUCAGGCUGAAUCUCAGUCCGAGUGUUCGCAAGAAGCGAGUUCGAAAAACGACCAAAUGCAGUCGUUUGUUUUGCACAAUUUGAGCCACUAUUUUCCGGAAAUGCGGGAUUAUGAUGCGGCUAGUGCCAGCCAGAGGGAAAGGCUGGAUCGAGGGAGAAAUGCUUACGACGAAUUUCAACGCAGCAUUUUGAGUGCUAAUACUAUGAAGCGGAAAAUAGAGGCCGAUAAGUUGUUGACGCAGAACGACGAAGCGGAACAGAGGAACAUGCAAAAAAUGAUGGAUAGUUAUUUCCGGCAUAGGCAAAACGCGCUCGGACACUUGACUCAAAUGGAACAGUGUCAAAAAUGAGGGUUACUACUUGGUGAAUGAGCAAUACACUUUGAUUGAAUACCGGAAUCAAGUGUCCAUUCGUAGGAUGUCAGUGUUUGUCAUUGUUUGAUUUAUUUACUUCUAAAUUUCGAAAGAUCAGUGCAAAUUUUAAGUGGAUGAUUGAAGCUUCAAGAUGGACGACAAUUCGGCGCAGAAAAUUAUUAUUCCAAAGGGUCUCAUUAACCCCAGCGAAACGACGAUCAUCGAAAUACCGCAGCACUUGAAGAGAAUUCCGGUGAUCAUUGCCCAGAAGCAAACCCGCUGGUCCCAGGAGCCCCAGUACGUCGGCGAGCGCUACCCCAAAAACAAAUAUUUGUCAACUAGAAAAUAAAAUAAACAAUAUGAACCCUU